AUGUUAAAAAAUGUUAGUCGGACAUCCACAUCGGAAUAUGAUCAUGACAGUUCGGGAUUUUGGGAUUACUUCACCAUGAAGGAUACGGACGUGAUGAAUACCACAGACCGUGGUGAUGUGACUGUUCCUGCACCAGACCAGGAGUUCGUGGUCGCCGUGUACAGUGCUCUGCUUGUAACUGGGGCGAUUGGUAACCUGGGGGUGUUUGCAACCCUCAUGAAAUCCCGGCGGAGGAAGUCAAGAGUGAAUCUGUUGAUGACGCAUCUGGCUAUUGCUGAUAUGAUGGUGACAUUCAUUGUUAUACCACUUGAGAUUGGUUGGCGGACAACCAACGCGUGGCUGGCAGGAAAUCUCGCAUGUAAAUUUUUUCUGGUGCUACGAGCAUUUGGACUGUAUUUAUCGUCUAACGUGUUGGUCUGCAUAUCUGUAGAUAGAUUUUUCGCUAUACUUUAUCCGCUUCGGCUAGCAAUCGCCCGAAAGAGGAGUAAAAUGAUGUUGUCAUUUGCUUGGAUGAUAGCAUUAUUGUGCAGCUUACCACAGAGUCUUGUCUUCCGAGUAAUGCAGCAUCCAAAAGUGCCGGAUUUUCAGCAGUGUGUCUCCUUCGAAGCCUUCAAUAAUCAGCAGCAGGAAUUUGCAUACAACGUGUUUUGUUUGUGUGCUAUGUACUUCUUACCUCUGAUGAUCAUCACAGUCUGCUACGCAUGCAUAUUCUACGAAAUCUCUAAAAACUCAAAGGAGACUUCAGAAAAGUACCAGCAGACGGACCAUAGCCGUGUGCUUCUCCGACGGUCGGACCAGAGACCACUGGCGCGUGCGAGGCGGAGGACUUUGCGGAUGACCGUUACCAUCGUGACUGUCUUCGCCUGUUGCUGGCUACCAUAUGCCACUAUGACGAUAUGGUACAUGGUGGAUAGAUAUUCAGCACAGCUCGUCUCUGCAAGAGUGCAGGACCUGUUCUUCAUUAUGGCCGUCUCCAAUUCUUGUAUGGAUCCACUGGUGUACGGUUCGUACACAUUAGACCCGAGGACCUUCACAAGGACUGUGAGGAAGAUAUUCUGCAUCCACCCCAAACCUACGGAAAUUCCCGGAAUAUCCGGGCCGGAUAUCAUCAAAAGUAAGCUACCAGAAAACGGAUCCAUCAACCAUGAUCAUGUACGUUUCAAUAACUGCUCGCGUAGAUAUCCGGUGCGGUUCGAAGAGACCUCAAUAUCAAUAGUACGACCGAGUGCGAAUUCGGACCCAAUACAGUUUUUAAGUGAGCGUUCGGUAGAGGAACGUAUAGUGAGACCAUCACUUAGUUGUGAAGUGUUUGUUUUACACACCCCAGGACGGAGCUACAUCCCGUAAGUGAUAUAACAGGAACAUUUACACAAAUAGUGAAUGUAUUUGUAUAGGAAAAUAUGUCAGGCUGGUUACAUAAGUGGAGCUGGUUACGAGGCAGAUUUUGUGUGAAGUGUCUGUCUCACCUAUUUCUGCCUCCAAGCAGUUUCAUUUACAUAGGUCCAGCAUAUAGCAGUGAAAUUCAGUAUGGAGGUAUAUAUAGUCCUCAGGAAUAGAUACGCAUGAGGGAUACCUCCACAGGGAUACCACUGGCGCCAAAUGAUCUAUGGUAACGGUUAAUACUUUUAUCACGUGUACCGUCAGCUUGUUUGGUGUUCCAAUAACAUAAAAAAGAAAAAUAUUUCACUAUGGUUGCAUAAUAUACGUGUAAAUAAAAUGAAUUUGUCGUAGUACCUUUUUUAAAGAAUAUCGAAUUUAAAUUUAUAUUAUAUAUUUUAUUUUGACUUAAUAUAUAAAUUUUACAAAAUUAUUUAUUGGUGAAAGAAUAUUAAAUUUAUAUAUGUAUAAAUCAGAGGGUAUAUUGACAAAGUUUUUUUGAUGUCGGCUUGAAGUCACGAUCUUUCUAAGUCAGGGUUGUAUACCACGAUGCUUUCAAUUAUAUAUUUAAGUAUGUUUUAAUAUAUAUACACUAGGAUAUAUAAAAGUCAUUUCAAAAAUGACUUUAAUGAUAUUCGUCAAAUUUUAUAUUUGUAUCAAAUAUGAAUUUGUAAAAUAAUUAUUUAAAUGUACGAAAUUAUAUGUAAGUAAAUAUAUGGAAUGACCUCAUGUAUCUUGUUUUAAAU